AUUCCCUACAUACACGUGGCGCAUGGAUGACACAAGAUAACUUCCAUUGCAGGGAAGCACGUAACUCGCAGUCUUGCGCGUCACGCGAACUAGAGUGCACCCACCAACCACAGGGUCCCUCACCUUCCAAAGUUUUCCAAAAAAGAAAACCUCCUUUCUCACAAUCACCAUUUCCAAACGACGUCGUCACCCUUCUUCGUAUUCUAUCUUCUUCAUUGAAAUUCUCAGUGAUUCAUCCAAGUAACAAUUCAGCGAAACAAACUCAAACGACGUCGUUGCCACCAUUGUAACCGUUUUUGAAAAUUUCUAAUCUGUGUUUUCUCUGAUGCGCUGAAACGACGUCGUUUCGGGGGCAGUUUUAUCCGAUUCGCAAACGGUGACUAUUUUCACCGGAAACAAAACGGUUAGACGGCGUGGUCACAUUCGUAAUGCCGAUCGCGCGGUGCAACAGCCAGAUUCCGGUGCCGCUACCGUCGCCGGUUCCAACCGGAAGAGGAUCGCGAUCCGCCGCCAACGAGAUCUUCAGCGAGUUUCUAGAGAAGACGCUUCAGCUGCCGGAGCUAACCUUACCGGGACCUCAACUACCGCCGGCACCGGCGGAGGUUGAUCUCUGGUCACUCCCGCGCGCUUCUGCCAAUCUGCUUCUGCGCUCCGCGAAGGAGUUCGGCGCAUUCCGGAUCCGGUGCCACGGGAUCUCCGGGAAUGAGCUCGGGACGGUGGCGGAUGAGGCCGAGCGCGUCUUCCGCGACUCGGAGCACGACGUCGUUGAACGCGACGGAGUCGGCGCAGAGAUGAUUUCCUGUGUUCGGUCUAACAAAGGAGCGCUUGAAUUCACCGCUCACAAGAAUCUCGGAGACGAAACGCAUCGGAACUUUUGGGUUCACAUGGGGAAUGUCGCGAGUAGAAUGGAUAGUAUAGUGGAGCAAGUGACUCUGGCUCUACAAAAGGACAGUAAAUCUGAAGAGUUUAAGGAGCGGAUUCAAGAGACAGAGUCUAUGAUUUGCCUGUGCAGGUAUCCGCACGACAAUGCCCCCAAACAAAAUGAAGGCGUCUCAGAUAAGAAAAACGACAGUUUAAAAGAUCAUGCUUUGCGCUUCUACCUUCCCUUGGAGCAUUGCAUAUUUUACAUCCAAACUGAAAGAGGUCCCCUGUCAUUUGAUGCAGGUCCAGAGAAUAUAGUUGUCACAGUUGGCAAACAGCUAGAGGAGUGGAGCCGUGGUGUAUUCAAAUGUGUUCCUGGGGAAAUGAUUUUCAUGCCGAGUAUCCAGGGUAGUGACGCUUCCUUCUCCAUAGAGCUUACGUGCUCGACCUCUUUAAAUCUAAAUCAAAGUUUAAAAGUUUCUGAAAAGAUAAUAUCCUUAACUGAUCAAAUCCUUAUUGUAUUUUCCCUUGCAUUCUUAUGCAAAUUUUUAUACUUCAUAUUUUCUUGAUCCUCAGAACAUGGUUGCACCAUUUUCUUUUCUUUUGAUGCCCUUUGUGAGUGGUCAUGAUGUUGAUCUUAGCCAUUGGCACCAUUCUUUCUCUUGCCUUUUGUUUCUCUUCAAUUUAUUUACAGCAGUCAUUUUGACGUACAGUUUGAGUGUAAAGGUUGUGGGUUUUGGUUAAAAUACUAGAUGCUAUGUUGUUCUUAGCAAAAAUGUUGUAUGCAUACAUAGGGAAUGUUGCAUAGACACAGGAAGUAAAGAUAUGCUUAUUGGUAGUUGGAAUUGAUUGAUCAAAGUUUGUAUAACUAGUAUGGUGAUUGUUGAGACACUUUGGAUUCAAAUCCAAAUUCAA